AUGUCCCACCUCAGCAAUGUCCCGUCCCUUCUGGACUUCCUGCCGGUGGCACCCUCGAUCCGGGCCGAGGCCGAGGCUCUCCUGACGAACUUUACUGCGCUGCCCGAGGAUGACAAAAGCUCAGCUCGGGCCGCCCUCCUUGCGGCGAUCUUUCCUCUCGUGUUUGGGGAUAAUGCCCUGGUCGAGGGAUCUCCUACCUACGAAGAGAGCCGGUCACAAGCUUGGUCCACCAACUGCUGGCUUUCCCCCAAAGUAAUUGUCACUCCAUCAAAUGCCGCCGAAGUCUCGCAGAUCUUAGCUCUUAUCCGUUUUGUCGGCGCAACCUUUUCCAUCCGCAGCGGUGGCCAUCUUCAGAACCCCGGUUUCACAAGCAAUGACGGUGGUGUAGUGAUCUCCCUCAACAGGUUCACGCAGCUGGAUCUGUCGGACGACAAGAAGACCGUCAAGGUCGGGCCCGGUCACCGCUGGCUGGAUGUCUAUAAGGGAUUAGAUGUGCAUGGGGUCACCGUUGCCGGCGGCCGGGUUCCACAUGUCGGUGUCCCGGGCCUCUUGCUUGGCGGUGGACUUUCAUUUCAGAAUAGUGAGCAUGCGCUGGGAUGUAUGAAUAUUGUUGACUACGAGGUCGUCCUUGCAGACUCAUCAAUAGUCCAUGCCAACGCAACCGAGAACAAGGACCUCUUCUGGGCCCUCAAGGGCGGCGGCACUAACUACGGAAUUGUCACCACACUGACCAUGAACACCCUCCCCAACAACAUCUGGGCUGAGGCUCGCGUGUAUCCAGCGACCGCAAGCACGCAGCUCCACGAAGCCUUGAUGGUCUACCACGAGCUCAUCGAGACCGACAACAAAGCAACCCUAAUCUGGCACACAAUCAACCAGACCACACUGGUAAUCUUCUUCUACUGCGCGCCCAUUGAGAAGCCCGACGUGUUCGCCCCGUUCUAUGACAUCCCCUUCCUCAUGAACAUUGUCCCGCCUGCAAAGCGCACAGUCUUUGAGAUGGUGGAAGCUGUUAGUAAUGUCCUUUCUGCGGAGCAGUUGAACCACGACAUGCGCACAACCACCACUCUCCCGUCACUCACCGUCUACGAAGCCGCCGAAAAGGCGCGUCUGGAAGAAAUGGCCGCGCUCUCCGACCUCGAGCGAGCAGAUCUAACGAUGGUCAUCCAGCCCAUGUCCUCGCUCGCCAUCAAGGUCGGCGAAGAAAAGGGCGGAAAUCCACUAGGCCUCAAGAGCGUAGGCCACCAGUGGUUCCUCGUCAUGGCGGACUACUUGAACAUCGCAGACGAGGAGCGCGUGCGUGCAUCCGUCAAGAAGAUCGUCGAUGUUGUCGAGGAGACGGCAAAGAAGGAGAACGCGUGGUUGCCGUUCAAAUACUCGAACUAUUCGUCCCGCGAUCAGGAUCCGCUGGCGAGUUAUGGGGAGGAGAAUUUGGCGGCGUUGCGUGAGAUAGCGGCUAAGUAUGACCCGGAGGAAGUCUUCCAGGUGCUGCAGAAUGGGGGGUGGUUGCUUUCACGGGCGGGAAAGAACUAG